UCACACGCUCAGUUGCCUUCGCGACACCAGCACAGUACCACGCGAACAUGGCGGGUGUAGAAAAACUUUGUUUGUUUAUUGUAUUAAUACUUCAAGUUAAAGGGGAUCCGGAUCCUCAGUUAGACUUACCACCGAUACCGCAAGUUUCGACGCAGAGGAAUUUUGGAUACGGCCUUCUCUCGAGCACACCAAAUAAUUUCCAGUAUAGUACUCCUCGUCCCGUAUCGAGCACUCCAGGAGUAUAUCCAGUAUCUUCCACCCCUUAUAAUACGGGGAUUAGUCCGGAUAUAAAUAACAAUGGAUAUCCUAGUUUGGAUAACGGGAAUAGAAGGAAUCCGAGCUCAACUGGCCGUCCUUAUGACAACGAUGAUAGAAUAGAUGUCAACAAUGACCCUAAUUUUAGAAGGAACGAUCCAGGCUUCGCUAGGAAUGACCCUAAUUAUCUCGGAGCGAAUCCUUACGAUAUAAGAGGGAACGGGAUAGAUGAUAGAUUGGAAAGAGUGAAUAUACAGCAAGUGAGGGAGUUUCUGGCCCAGGCGGAUGAGCAGGCGUCGAAGGAGUGCACUAAUAAUGUGGCCGCCCAGUGGAACUUUGAGACUGAAGUUACUGAUGCUACUCAGCAUGCUGCUUUGGAUGCUCAACAGCGCUACACACUUUUCCAAAGAGGCCUCUGGGAGACCGCCCAGCAAAUACCAAAAGGGGGCAUCAGAGAUUUCCCCACUUACAGACAAUUGCGCCUCCUGUCCAUUAUAGGACCCGCGGCGUUGCCACCGGAUCAACUUGACAGGUACAACCGCCUCAUAAACGACAUGCUGGCGGUCUACAACAACGCCGAAAUCUGCGCAUACAACGAGCCCUUUAAAUGUGGUCUCCAUCUCCAACCAGAGCUCCAACACAUCAUGUCACACUCAAGGGAUUGGGACGAGCUGCAACAUGUCUGGACCGAGUGGAGAAGAAACACUGGAAGGAGGAUUAGAGAUCUUUAUGAGCAGCUGGUUGAAUUAACAAAUCAUGCAGCUAGACUUAACAAUUUCACCGACGCCUCAGCUUACUGGAUGUUCCCGUAUGAGUCACAGAACAUGAGACAGGAAGUCGAUGAAGUUUGGGAACAGAUCAAACCCCUCUACGAAGUCCUCCACGCCUACGUCCGCCGCCGCCUCCGCGAGGCCUACGGCCCGGAGCGCAUCUCCCGCUCGGCGCCCAUCCCAGCACACAUUCUUGGAGACAUGUGGGGACAGAGCUGGGCUGGAAUCGUCCCGAUCACGCUACCGUACCCUGGAAAGAGCCUCCUCGAUGUUUCAGCUGAGAUGAAUCAACAGGGUUUCACCCCACUGACGAUGUUCCAACUAGCCGAAGAGUUCUUCGUCUCUAUGAACAUGUCCGCCAUGCCAGCAGACUUCUGGCCCUUGAGCGUGGUCGAGCAGCCCCCGGACCGUCAUAUCCACUGCCAGCCUUCUGCUUGGGACUUCUGUAACAGACACGAUUAUCGCAUCAAAAUGUGCACCCACGUGGACAUGAAGGACCUGAUCACCGCCCAUCACGAAAUGGCUCAUAUCCAGUACUUCUUGGCCUACAGAAACCAGCCGAAGGUGUUCAGAGACGGGGCUAACCCAGGUUUCCACGAGGCCAUAGGCGAAGCGAUCGCCCUCUCUGUCUCCUCCCCCCGCCACCUCCAGACCUUAGGCCUCGUCCAACGCUCCGUGGCCGACACGGCCCAUGAUACCAAUUAUCUUUUCACGCAAGCAAUGGACAAGCUGGCGUUCCUGCCGUUUGCGUUGUCUAUGGAUAGAUGGCGCUGGGAUGUGUUCACGGGCGAUGUUAGGAAGGAACAAUAUAACUGCCACUGGUGGAGGUUGAGGGAGCAGUACCAGGGCAUCAAGCCGCCAGUCCUCCGCUCAGAGCUGGACUUCGAUCCUGGUUCCAAGUACCACAUUCCUGCCAACAUACCCUACAUCAGAUACUUCGUCAGCACAGUGCUUCAGUUCCAGAUCCACCGAGCAUUAUGCGAAAGAACAGGCCAGUUCAUUCCUGGAGACGAGACCAGGCCUCUACACAAGUGUGACAUCUACAGGAACCCUGAGGCUGGAAGGAUUCUGACACGCCUGAUGGAACGAGGAUCCUCCGUACCCUGGACCCAGGUUCUUCAGGAGAGCAUCGGCGAGUCCCGUCUCAGCGGAGAAGCUCUCAGGGACUACUUCAGGCCGCUGGAGGAGUGGCUGCGGAGCGAGAACCUCAGGACUGGGGAGUACCUGGGCUGGAGUUAUGAUGGAGACUAUUGCAAGUUUAGCAUCGAAACGGCGGGUCUGCAAGUGUACGGUGGCUUCUACAACGCCGCCAGCCGACACGACCUCACGCACUUCGCUGUACUCCUCCUCAUCUCCUUCUUUACCACCGUUUUCAUUCGGUGGUGAUUUUGCGAUGAUUUCACCCUCACUGAACUCUUGAUUAGCUCCUUUUUUAUCACUUUUUCAUAGAGUGCGGUGGUGAUAUAGACAUGACCUGUCUUACUUCGCUGUUCGCUGAACCACCCUUAGCUGUUUAUUGUUUAUCUUAUCACUUUUCUUGUGUCAUUAUGUCUAUUUUCAUUCUGUGAUUUUGUACUUCUAGGUUUUCAUUUUGGUAUUUGUCCAUACAUAAUAGAAUAAAGCAGAUAAUAAUCUAUGUGUCUAUUUCUGAUAUUCAAUUUGCAAGAAAACGUCAGAGAGAAAGAAAGACGAUGAUUAUCCAUUAUAUUUGAUCAUUAUGCAGUAUUACUACUUAUAAUAAGGGAAACAGUGUAAAUGUUUAUAAUAAAAUAUGUAAUUAACAAUAACUUUAAGAGACACGAGAAUAUAAAUUUAUUUCCAAAUAAGUAGCUUGCAAAGAUUAUCCUGAUUAAUAAACAUUAGAAAAUUACCACACUAUUAUAUCGUUUUAGUGUUUAAUACUGUUAGAAUUAUUCUUUAAUAAAUUUGUUACUGUCAUUUUUUACGCCUUUAUCUAUAUUUUUAUUUAUUAUGUGAUAUUUUAUCUUCGAUAUAACAAUAUUUUAUAUUGAUGGGCAAAAUGAAUGACAUGUAGUUAAAUAUUUAUAUCAAAAGUGGCAAAUUUCAUAAUGGAUUAUACGUUAUGUCAAGUGAGGUUGGAGUUGUUUAAGUAAAUAUCUAUAAUUCAGGGUUAAUAAUGUACAUAAUAGUAUGUAGUUCAGUUAUUUUGUAAAUAUCUUUGUAAUAUCACGAGAUUUAUAACAUUAUAGUUUAUUGUGAUAAUGUUGAAUACAAUAAAACUAAA